AUGCGAAUCGUGAGCCCUUGGGAAGCGGCCUCCCACCUCAGCAGCAUCCUGCUUGUCGCCAGCACCGUCUCUGCGUUGGCAGCAACAGCCAACUCAGUCGACACUUGCGACUAUGUGGUAGUCGGCUCCGGACCGGGAGGAGGCCCACUGGCCGCCAAUCUCGCACGCUCUGGAUUCAAGACUCUCUUGCUCGAAGCCGGUGACGAUGACAGUGCUGCCAUGAUCACAAACGCUAUUGCGUUGACAAACACGGCAGAUACUACGGCCCUCACUUGGACGUAUUGGGUUCGUCAUUACGACGAUGUCGAGUUGACGAAAAAGUACCGCCAUCUUACUUGGAGGCUGCCAGAUGGAAAGUUGUGGGUUGGUCCGGGCAGCGAGGCGCCUGCAGGAGCGGAGAUUGUUGGUAUCCAGUAUCCUCGCGGCGCUACACUUGGAGGAUCGUCCAUUGUUAAUUCUGCCCUGACUGUCCUUCCUGCCGAUAGCGAUUGGGACUAUAUCAAGAACCUUACAGGAGAUGAGUCAUGGAAUGCUACUCACAUGGGGGAACUGUUCAUCAAGUUGGAAAAGAAUCAAUACCGCCCACGUGGUACACCAGGCCACGGCUUCGAUGGGUAUCUUGAGACGACUUUGGGCAACGGAACCGUUUUUCUCUCUUCACCCCAAGCAACUGCAAUUCUCGAGGCCAUGGCUGCCGAGGCGGGCCAAGAUCCAGAGGACCUGGAAGAGAUCCUAAACAUUGACCCUAACCAAGUCUUGAAUCCCGACCGAGACCAGAUUACAGGGCUUACGGGAUUGCCCCAACACGCCAACGCCACCUGGGCCCGCUACAGCUCUAGGAACCGAGUCCUCGAUACCUUGCGCGCCGUGGACGAGAAAGGCAACAAGAAAUACCCCCUCGAGGUCCGCCUCAACUCCUACGCUACGAAAGUCUUGUUCGACAAGCCUCAAGAAGGCUCAUUGCCUCGCGCCAUUGGCGUCCAAUACCUGCAAGGCAAAAGCGCUUUUCAGGGCGACCUCCGCCAUGAUCCGGCAGCCAAGAAGCCCUCACGCCGGGUUCUUGCUCGAAAAGAAGUCAUUCUCAGUGGUGGAUCUUUUGGUACCCCUCAGCUGCUCUUACUCAGCGGUAUUGGACCAGCAGCAGACCUGAAAGCCCUGAACAUCCCCGUCAUCGCCGACCGACCAGGCGUCGGCCGUAACAUGCAAGACCACAAUGAAAUCGCCGUCAUCGGCCACGGCGCCCAAGCAUUCGAUUACUCCGCUGCUCCUGGCGGUCCUCGCUCGCAAUGCACCUACGGGGCUCCAAACGAUCCCUGUCUUGCACUUUACCUCCGCGGCGAGGGCCCCUACGUCCAGCCUAGUCUCACCCAACUCGCCUUCCUCAAAACCAACCACACCACAAACGACGAGCGCGACAUUGCCAUCUUCCCCGGUUCCUUUGGCUUUCGCGGCUUCUGGCCCCGCAACACGGGACAGUCGUGGGAUGACCCGCCAACGACCUGGGGCAUGCACAGCGUCCAUAUUCACGGCAAUAGCACGGCUGGCUACCUCAAGCUGCGCUCGGCUGAUCCGACCGUAACGCCUGAAAUCAACUUUCGACACUUCAAUGGUACAGGUGCUGCGGGCGACAUUGCCGCUAUCAAGGAGUUCCUCGCCUGGGGUCGUCGUGCGUUUAACCGCGUACAAGCACCUUUUGCGCCUUACAAUAUCUCUUGGCCGCCUUGCGCAGGCACGGUCGGUGCCGACGGAAGCUGCUCCAUCGCCGGCAGUGACGAAGACUUUAUCCGCGAGAACAUCUUUGGGCACCACGUUAUCGGUACGUGUUCCAUUGGUCCCAGCUCUGAUGUGAAUGCAGUCUUGGAUUCAAAGUUUCGUGUCCGUGGUGUUUCUGGCCUGCGGGUCGUCGAUGCUAGUGCGUUUCCUCGGUCUCCUGGAGCCUUCCCGGUUGCUGGUGUCUAUAUUCUGAGCGAGAAGGCAUCGGAGAGUAUUCUAGAGGGCCGGUAG